AGGCUUCGGUCAGCGUUCUUCCCGAGGGCGGCACCCGGGCCGGGCGGUGGGGUCCGGCUGCCCUGGUGAGGGGCGGAGCUGGGGGCAUGGCGUCCGGAGCGGCUCGCUGGCUAGCACUGGCACCAGUCAGGUCCGGGGCUCUCCGAAGCAGGCCUAGCUUGAGGAAAGAUGGCGAUGUCGCCGCCGCACGGAGUGGCUUAGGCCAGAGCCUGGUACCGUCGAGGUCAGUCAUCGUUACCCGCAGCGGCGCCAUUUUGCCCAAACCGGUGAAAAUGUCCUUUGGCCUUCUCCGUGUGUUCUCCAUUGUGAUCCCCUUUCUCUAUGUCGGGACACUCAUUAGCAAGAACUUUGCUGCUCUACUUGAGGAACAUGACAUUUUUGUUCCAGAGGAUGACGAUGAUGAUGACUAACAGGCAUUACAGAAAGGAGAAAGCAGUAACUGAAGAAAUGGUGAUGCUCUCAGCUUCUCUGCCUUCCCUAUCAGCAGAAGGGCUCAGGGAAGGCCCUCAGCCUCCCAGUCUGGUGAAGCUUCCUGUAUGGUCCAUGACCAUAUCCUACCCCAGGCUCUGGCAGGCUCCCUGAGAUGUGCUGUCCACUAAGCACUGCACAAACAAGCAAUCAAAUUAUGAAUAAACAUAAUAAAUAUCA